GGCUGGGUUGGCGCUAAGAAGAAAGAGAGGGUGGCGCGGUGGCGGGAAUCAAGUCCCAAAACGCGAGUGUGCACCACGCUCCAAAUGGUUGUGCUCCUUAUUGCGGCUCUCAGCAAAGCAUUGCUGGCACACUCUCACUCUACAUUCUCUCUCCUCCGUUUCCCAACUUCCUCUCAUUGAACAAAGUAACCUACUACUUUGUCAACAACAAACAAACACUUGUUUCUACAUUGAGUUAUACACACCACACUCUUCAUUACUCUUCUAACUCGCAACAUAUCACCACCAUGAAGGAAUCAACGGAAACAGACCCUAUAACCCUUUGUAUCAACACUACCCAUUCACUCCUCGAAGACGAAAUCCCCACCGUCCAUCACUUAAAAAGCAAGUGGUCAAUCUUCCGAGUCAAACUAACUCAACUCCAAACCCACCUCACAGAUUUCUCCUCCGAGUAUCUCAAAUCCUCAACCUCAAACCCUCUCUCCAUUCACCUCAUUCAUUCCAUCUCACAAACCCUAAACGACGCCGUUUCACUCGCACAGCACUGUCAAUCUCACUCCCCCGACUUACCCAACGGAAAACUCCAAACACAAAGCCACAUCGACUCAUUAACUGCCACUCUCCACCGCCACGUCACCGACUGCGAUGUGCUCUUUCGUAGUGGCCUCCUCCUCGAAACUCCCGCUUUUUCUAAAAGAGAAGCAGUUCGAUCUCAAUCUAGAAACCUCAUCGCACGGUUACAAAUUGGAUCACCCGAUUCAAGAGCCUCCGCGAUUGACUCACUACUUUCACUUCUCCAAGAAGACGAUAAGAACGUCACCAUAGCUGUGGCGCAGGGUGUAGUUCCGGUGCUCGUUCGUUUACUAGAUUCCUCCUCCGAUAUGAAGGAGAAAACCGUCGCAGCCAUUUCUAGAGUCUCCACGGUGGAAAGCGGUAAGAAUAACCUAUUAGCAGAGGGAUUGUUGUUGCUUAAUCACUUGCUUAGGGUUUUAGAUUCUGGAAGUUGUUUAGCUAUAGAGAAAGCUUGCAUCGCGCUUCAGGCUUUGAGUUUCACAAGAGACAACGCAAGAGCUAUUGGAUCUAGAGGCGGAAUCUCGUCUCUGUUAGGGAUUUGUCAAGGUGGUACACCUGGUUCUCAAGCUUCUGCGGCGUCGGUUUUGAGGAAUCUUGCGAAAUUUGGUGAAAUUAGAGAGAAUUUCGCGGAGGAGAAUGCGGUUGUUGUUUUAUUAGGGUUAGCUUCUUCUGGAACGUUAUUGGCGCAAGAAAACGCGAUCGGUUGUUUGGCCAAUUUGAUUUCGGAGGAUGAGAGUAUGAGGAUUUUGGCUGUUAAAGAAGGUGGAGUUGAGUGUUUGAAGAAUUUCUGGGAUUCGGCUCCAAUGAUUCAGAGUCUUGAAGUUGCGGUUGAAAUGUUGAGGCAUUUGGGUACAAAUGGUGCAAUUGGGGAGGUUCUUGUUGGAGAAGGGUUUGUUGGGAGAGUGAUAGGAGUGUUGAAUUGUGAAGUUUUAACAGUGAGGAUCGCGGCGGCGAGAGCUAUUUACGCUUUGGGAUUGAACGGUGGUGGGAAGACGAGGAAGGAAAUGGGGGAAUGUGGUUGUGUUCCUUUUUUGAUCAAGAUGUUAGAUGGGAAAGGUGUGGAGGAGAAAGAAUCUGCUGCAAUGGCGUUGUCGGUGUUAUCUCUACACCCUUACAAUAGGAGGAUUUUUCGUAAGGAUGAGAGGGGAAUAGUGAGUGCAGUUCAUCUAUUGAACCCUUCUAUGGUGAAUUUGGAUAAGAAAUACCCUGUUUCGUUGCUGGUUUCGCUAUUGCAUUCUAAGACAUGUAGGAAACAAAUGGUGGCAGCUGGGGCUUGUGUAUAUACUCCGAAGCUUGUUGAAUUGGAUGUUCCUGGUUCUAAGAAACUGUUGGAUGGACUUGGUCGUGGUAAGAUUUGGGGAGUUUUUGCAAGACCCUAAAGAUCAGAUCAAUCCACAUUAUGCUAAAUCAUGGUACAGGAACAAGAACAAAUAAUGUUUAUUAAUUGAAUCUGUAUGUAUGAUAUCUGAUAGGUGUGUUCAAGUUUUGUUUUCUUUAUAUUUCCUUUUUGUAAUUACUACUAAUAAUUGAUGCUUAUUUCUCUUGUAUGUAGAGGUGAGUUUUGUCUAAUGAUUUAAUGGGAACUUGUGUUUAUGUUUAGGAACAUGGUAAAGUACAUGACUUUGCAUAUACAGGUAUAGUUCAUAGUUAUUUUAA